AUGAAGCCCAACGUGUAUUCGUACGCGUGUCAUAUCCUAAAUCAUAACUAUCGUACAUUAUUGCUUCUUCCUUUCGUUCGUGACCUUCGGCGAGAUCGGCCGAUUCCCCAAUUCGUGCUAAUUCGUUACAACCAAAAUAUGCCGCGCUCUGUCGAUCACAUGCUUGGCAUGCAGAGGAUGAGACAAAAGAUAAAGAACAAAUCGACCAAGUAUAUCAACAACUCAAAUAUUUCCUUACAUAUUUUGGGUAGUGGUGCCUAUGGCACGUCAAGAUGUGUCUACCUAACAACGGGUCAAACUGGAUAUAUCUUUAACUGUGGUGAAGGGACACAGCGACUAGCACAUGAGCAUAAGUACAAGCUGAUCAAAUUGGAGCACUUAUUCAUUACGUCAGCAACAUGGAACAAUUUGGGUGGCAUGCCAGGGAUGUUGCUGACAAUCCAGGAUGCUGGGGUACCAAAGAUCAAUGUGCAUGGGCCUAAAGGGAUGAUGGAAAUUUUCAACAUAAUCAAGAAAAUUGUGCUGCUAAAAGCAAUGAAAAUUGAUGAGGCCAAAUGUGAUGAAUCAAAAGCGUACGAGGACUCAGUGAUGUCCGUUUCAUAUGUCUCUAUUGCGAAAGUGAAUAAACAGGAAGUGGAAUCUAUUAAAAUAGGAGAACUGGUCGAUAAUAUCAAUUCUUACGAUUAUAAGACUAAUUCAAAUGGCAAGCGAGUACCUGAUAACCUAACUGAGACAGAAUCGAAGGUACAAAAGGUUGAACAAAGGCCAGACAUGAAAAGAAUAUCAACUGUAAUGUCUUAUAUUUGCAAAUUGCAUCCUCGUCCAGGCACACUAAACUUGGAGAAGUGUAUAGAGAAGGGAGUGAAACCUGGUCCUAUACUUGGCCAGCUUAAAGCUGGUAUGGAUGUCACUCUUUCUAAUGGAACAGUCAUUUUGAGCAAAGAUGUUUGCACACCGUCGACGCCAGGUCCUACCUUUAUGAUUGUAGAAUGCCCAUCACAAGAUUACUUAGAGUCUUUUGUAAAUCAUCCCGCCUUUGCACGGCAUCAAACCGGAACGGCGAAUGAAGGCGAUAUACCAUACUGUAUUAUUCAUUUCACACCGCAAAACAUAAUGGAUGAUCGUCGCUAUGUGAACUGGAUGAACAAAUUUGAUCUUAGUACGCGGCACAUAGUCGUGAAUGAGGAGAACGAAUGUAUGGGCACCGAAGCGGUACACAAACAUCAACACAAACUCCAUAUGCUACAUCCUGAAAUAUUCCCCUUCUUAAACGAGGAAAGCUUUCAAAAAAAGAUGAGGAUGGAAGAUCUGCCCAUUAUACAUCGUCCCAGGACACAUCAUACCGUCCACCUGCAGCCACAAUUGCGAUUUGACAUAGAGAACGAGGUGUCGCUACAUCCAAAAGAAUACUUGAACGAAGUAUUCGAGAAUGACGGCUUUUUGGAUGCAUUAGCGGAACUGCAAACAAAUAUCAACAUUCGCAUGCAGUCACUACCUGUCGACGAAUACCCUAAAAUUGUCAUGUUGGGCACCGGUUCUAGUGUACCGAGUAAAGUCAGAAACACGAGCAGCAUACUCAUGCGAAUAGAUCAAAGCCAUAGUAUGCUACUGGAUUGUGGUGAGGGCACAUUCGGACAGAUAGUGAAGAACUAUGGAAAGUCAGAAACGCCAAACAUCAUAAAAACGAUCAAGGCGGUAUACGUGUCGCAUAUGCACGCGGAUCAUCACAUGGGACUGAUUGGACUACUGAAGGAAAGAAGGAAGAUCACGGAAGAUCCUUUGUAUAUAUUUGCACCAGGGCAGCUCUAUCCAUGGCUGCAAAUGUAUAAUGAGUGUUUCGAGCCCAUCCUACAUCAAAUUACGCUCAUUCCAAAUAACGAAUUUAGUAUGAACACCCAUAACCCGAUGGAGUAUAAGUACAAAAGCAUGUACAAUACACUGAAUGUGCAAGUCAUGAGGACAGUAUAUGUCAACCAUUGUCCAAAUUCUUAUGGCGUUGCUUUGACACUUCAUAAUGGAAAGAAAAUAGUAUACAGUGGUGACACUAUGCCCUGUGAAAAUCUCAUAAAACUUGGUAAAAAUUGCGAUCUACUCAUCCAUGAAGCGACGAUGGAGGAUGAUUUGAUAGAGGAAGCGAAAUUGAAGCUCCAUUCAACGGUUUCGCAAGCUAUAAAGGCAGGUCAGCAGAUGGAAUCAAAGUUUACGCUGUUGACACAUUUCAGCCAGCGGUACUCGGUCAUACCUCACUUGCCGUCUAGCAAAAACGAUCUUAAAUUAGACAACGUCGGCGUCGCGUAUGACAAUAUGCAUAUCAUUCUGUCGCAGCUGCCACUGUUGCCUUUAAUGUACUCGACAUUGAAAAUCAUGUUUCAUAAGUAUUAUCUGGAAAUAGAGGAUCGAGCUGCUAAAAGACAACGAAUGACAGCCGAAUAAAUGUUUUAUACAACAAUGUAAAAUGUAAAUUAUUAUAACAACUUCCAUUUUAUUAACAUUCGAUAGUUCUCCGUUGACGACUUAAAAAGUCGACAUUUUUUUAGAAACAUUUAAUGAAUAUUGCAUAGAUUUAACUGGCUAUUAAAAGUUUACUCCUUUUCAUCCAUUAAGAUUCAAUUAGUCAAAUGGCAAGAUUUCGUAAAAAAAAUAUGAUUAUGAAAAAAACCUUUAUGAAAUAUAAAAAGUGCAUUAAUCUUUUGCGGCACACAUUUUUCUAUUAAUCGGAUUUUUAUGAAAAUUGGUAUAGAAAGGUUUUUAGGGUCGCUGAUUACGAAUCUGCCAUCAGAUUUUAAUGAUUCUUUUUCAAAAUGGCGGAUCCAAUAUGGCAAGUCAUGAUUUGAGUAUUUUUUAUCGGUUUUUUAUGGAAAUUGGUAUACAGUUUACGUUCUAUCUACCAUUGUCGAAAAAAUGAAAACAUAUAAAAUCUCCAAAAAAAUUUCUAUCCCAUUAUUUGAAAUUUUCCAUUUUAAAAUUUCAAAAAUCUGACCUACACAUAAUCAACCUAGAAAAGUUAGUUCUGUACAUCUGUUCUUGUAAAAAAAGUAAGAAACUCCGAAAUUUUUCAACAUUCCGACCCGAGAAAAUUCAAUAUAUCAAUUUCCACAAAAAAUCUAUAAAAAUACUCAAAAUUGUGAAUCGCCAUAUUGGAUCCGCCAUUUUGAAAAAAAAAUCGUCGAAAUCUCAUAGCGGAUUCGUAAUCAGCGACUCAAAAAAACCUCUGUAUACUGAUUUUUGCAGCUUCAUGUUUCUUCCUUUUUUCUGACAUACAUUGUAAAAAAACACCCUUUUUGUUACUUUAUUUAUAUAUAUAACAAAAUUAACUAAUAAUAAAGGAAAAUUACACCCUACCAAAUACUACUAAAACUCUUACUAAAAUAAAAUUACAAGAAAAAAUAAUAAAAUGCAGUAUUUGGUGUCUGAAAAAUUAAAAAAAUGACUUCAAGAUAGGUGGUCGAUAUAUCGUCCAUCAUGCCGCAAAAGGUUAAGCACAAUUAUUUUACAAUUAAUUGUUAUAAAUAAAUUAUUAAAUAUUAAUUGUAAAGGGUAGAUUGUAGAAAGAUUGUAGAGAAAUAUUGAUUGUAAUAGAUUAUAUCCAUUAGUUUUACGGAAUAAGUUACAAAAAAAAUACGUAUAGUCUUUUUGAAAUUGUUUUUUUUUAUACAAAAAAAUACAACAAUUUGUUCUAAAAUUUAUUUUUAAGCCUUAAUAGAUUAAUUUUUUAAAUUGUUCAGAAUCUGUAAACAAAAUAACUUACGUCUCUCAUAACUUGUAUAAGACAGUUAAAACUUAAUACUCAAGUUAAAUAAUAAAAUUAAAUUAAUCAAAGGAUGGUUUUUGGUAAGAGACAGAAAAACAGUAAGUUUCUUGUUUAACAUUGACAAAAAAUAAGGCGCAGAUAAUUCCUUGUGUUAUACUAUAUAUAUUCUUCUGUCUCGAUGGAAAAUACUUAUAGAUCUAAAAUUGAGCAUAACUUGAAUUAUUCUUUGUAAAUUUAUGCAUAUAUAGUUCUGUAUAUAAAUGGUUUGUGAAAGGGACAUUUGUAAUUGAGGAAAUAAUUCGAUGAAAUCUGACUAAUAAAAAAUUGUCUUAUUA